AUGGCCUGCAAGGCCGCCACGAAAUCAUGCGCUGCGACUGUGUGCGCCGUCCUGCUCGGUCUUGCAGGAUUGACGGAUGCAGCGCAAUAUUACCAGAUUGAUUCCGUCGAUGACAUCAAAACCUCGGCCAAGACACUGGCUUACGAUUUGAUGCUCAACUACAAUGGCAACGAGUCUGGACAAGUCCCAGGCAUCUUGCCAGGCCCCCCACCGGCCGGGCCGUAUUACUGGUGGGAAGGUGGUGCGCUCUGGGGCGCCAUGAUGGACUACUGGCACUACACCGGGGACGACACUUACAACGACGUAGUGAUGCAAGGAAUGCUCUUCCAGACGGGGCCCAACAACGACUACAUGCCACCCAACUGGACUGCGUCUCUGGGCAACGACGACCAGGCCUUCUGGGGCAUGUCGGCCAUGCAGGCUGCCGAGCAGAACUUUCCGAACCCGCCAAAGGGGUCGCCCGGGUGGCUGGCCCUCGCGCAGGCCGUUUUCAACACGCAGGCCGAGCCUGAUCGGCAUGACAAGACAUGCGGCGGUGGUCUGCGAUGGCAAAUCCCCUGGUACAACAAUGGAUACGACUACAAGAACUCCAUCGCCAAUGGCUGCUUCUUCAACCUGGGCGCCCGGCUGGCGCGGUACCUCAACAACCAGACGGCGGCGCAGUGGGCGGACGAGACAUGGAACUGGAUGGAGAGCGUGGGCUUCAUCAGCAAGGACAACCGGGUGUUUGACGGGGCGCACGUGGGCACCAACUGCACCGACAUCAACAAGGCGCAGUUCUCGUACAACAACGCGAUCCUGCUGCUGGGCGCGGCGCACAUGUACAACUGGACGUCGGCCAGCAGCGCGCACGACAACAACUCGACGCCGGAGCUGUGGGAGACGCGCAUCACCAACCUCCUCAACGGCACGAUCCGCGACUUCUUCCCCAACGGCAUCGCGUACGAGGCGUCGUGUGAGCCCAUCAUGUCUUGCACCACCGACAUGCUGAGUUUCAAAGGGUACACGGCCCGCUGGCUCACGCAGAUGACGCAGCUCGCGCCGUUUACGGCGUCGACGAUCCUCCCGAUCCUCCAGACGUCGGCCAAGGCGGCGGUGGCGCAGUGCACGGGCGGGAGCACGGGACGCGAGUGCGGGUUCCAGUGGAGCUCGGGCAAGUUUGACGGCAGCGUCGGGGCCGGGCAGACGAUGGACGUGCUGGGCGCCGUGUCGUCGCUGCUCGUCCAGCAAGGGGCCGCGCCCGAGGCGCCGCUGACCAGCUCGGACGGGGGCACGAGCCCGAGCGACCCCAGCGCCGGGUCGACGAGCGUGCACCUGAGCGACCCGGCGUCGUCGGCGGACCUUCCCGUGACCACGGGCGACAGGGCCGGCGCGGGGAUCGCGACGGUCGUCUUUGUGGCGCUGAUGGCCGCCAUCUACGCGUGGAUGAUGGAGUCGGCCCAGAGAAUUUCAAGACCCAGCAGCUCAUACCAAGAUGCCGGACUUCACAUCCCCUGCCGUCUUCCCAUCCUUUUAUGA